UAUUAUUUCACAACCUCUCCACUGCCACCUAUCGGCAAGGCUGACCAAGGGAGACAUUCACAGGCUCACUAUGGCACAGAGUACCGAUGCCACCACCCUGAAUGUCGCCUACCUGGGCCCCGAAGCCUCGUUUUCCCACCAAGCGGCCAUUGAAGUCUUCCAACCUUCAUCGAGGUCUGGGCAUGUCGUCUCUUUACACCCGCUCCCCUCCUUCUCCGCCAUAUUCUGGGCGAUACAAUCCCAGGAAGCACCUGAACAGACCAUAUCCUAUGAUUUUGCUGUUGUCCCUAUAGAAAACAGCACCAACGGGUCGGUUGUCCAGGUCUUUGACUUGCUGGCUCGGUGCGGCCACUCCCCAACUCUCUACCCUGACCUGGAGGUCUGUGCCGAGUAUUAUCUUCCCGUGCAUCACUGCUUGUUUGUCUCACCGCUUUCCGGACCACCCUCUGGACAGUCAGACGAACGCAAAGAGGGGUUGCUGCGCGCAAUCCGGACGCUGUACACCCAUCCACAAGUCUGGGGUCAGUGUAACCGUUAUUUGUCCAAACAUUUCCCUCCCAACCUUGCGGAGCGAAUCGACGUGGGAAGCACCUCUGCUGCUGCUCAGCUGGUUGCCCGUGAAUCCCGAGCCCAGACCCAGAACAGCAAGUCCAAGCCAACCGAGGGGAUCAGUGCUUCGAUCAGUCCAAAGCUCGCUGGUGAGAAGCAUAAGCUACUUUGCCUGGCCGAAAACAUUGAGGACGAGCCAGGGUUGAACACGACAAGAUUCCUCGUCGUGCGCAACCGGAGGCACCAGAUACAGUCGGAAGAUCUUCACGCGUCGUUAUUUCUGCACCGUAACCAUGUCGACGAUUUGAGAUACAAAUCCCUCAUAUCGUUCACCAUUCCACACUCUCAACCAGGCAGUCUGGCCGAUGCAUUGGCCGUCUUCAAAAAUUACGGUUUCAACCUGACGAGCAUCGACACCCGGCCCAGCAGGACGCGGAACUGGCAAUAUGUUUUCUUUGUGGAGUGUGAGGAGGCCACCCCCAGUCAACUCAAUCGUACAGCUGCGGACGUCGAUACGGCUAGUGACGCGGAUCAACACGAGGACAACAGAAGCAAAACCAAUCUCAUGAACAUGCUCGGAGAGCUGGGCAAGUUCACCGAGACUUUGAGAUAUCUGGGGAGAUUUGUGGACCGAUUGCCUAGAGACCAGCAAGGAGACGAAGUAAAGGGCUGAUGGAGAUGAUGCAAACCUGAUCUGGCUGAAGUGAAUUGCCCUCAAAACAUUGUGAGCAGGUCUGUGGAAGGAGUGACUAUCUAAAUCUGACUGCACGGAACAAAGACUGUGUCGCCCAGAACUGUUAUUUGCUGCUAAGUGCCUCGAGCUUCACGGAUAUUGCCCUGUGCUCCGCACAAUGAGCACAGGCGACUCGCCGACCUCUCACACAGCGAAAUUGAAGCCUAAGAGCGAUCUUCAGGUAAGGACUAAACAAAAGUUGAGCUUGAUGUGCAAGGAAUGACUGGCUCAGUCAAAUAAUGAAUCAGUAUCGUAGUGUGUUGGAGCUCCUUU